GGCCACUUCAUUUAUUCUCUAAUAUCACAAGAGAACGUUACCAGACAGAAGAGACAGAAAAAACACUCUCAAUCAUUCACAACCCCUCACACAAAAUGCCAUCCUUCACCGAAACCCCCUCAACCACAGCCAAUGCGGCCCCAAACACCACUUCGGCCGACACCUCAAAUCAAUCUACAGAGACAGUACAGAAGACCGAGGCUCAACUAGAGGCCGACAGACUGUACGAGGAAAGAAUUGAGGAGGAGUAUGCUAAGAGAGAAGGUGGUGCUUAGGAUGAAUAGCAAGACAUUGACAUGGAGAGACUUCUCUGCCACGUUUCUCUGGUGGCAAAUCAGGAAUGAAGUGGCACCUGGGAACUAUCGACA